CCAAAGAAGUGAUAAAAUGUCACUUCCAUGAUAAGAUUACAAAAGAUGUUAAACUUUUAUCUUGUCUGUAUACAUACUCUCUCUCUCUCUCUCUUUCUCUCUCUCUGGCCCUUCUCACAUGUUUUCUCUGAUAAAGCAAGCUGAAGAGGCUCAUGUGGCAAUAAAUUUUGGAUGGCAACAACCAGUGAAGAACUGAGGUUCUCAGGCCACCAGCUCUCAAGGAACAAAAAUGAGUGAGCUUGGAAGCUGAUCUCUCUACAGUUGAGCCUUCAGAUGAGAUGAUAACCCUAGCCAAAAUCUUGUUUGCAGCCUGGUGAGAGAUCCUAAAACAAAGGACCCAGAUAAGCUGUGCUCCCUUAACAUGAUGAGAUGAUAAGCAUGUGCUAUUUUAAGCAAGUAAAUUUGGGGAAAAGGAGGCUGGGUCAUUUAAUCCAAACAAGACUGAAGACAAGCUUAGUAUUCAGCCAACCUACUCCUGCUUUAAUCCCAAGAAUGCUAUAACUGAAAUAAUUCAUCAGAUUAUUGAUUCAGUGAUUAACAAAAUUGUGUUCUUUGGAGAUGCAUGAGAGGCCAUAGAGACAAAGACAGAGAAAUAGAGCACCUCUGGAUUUAGAUGCACUCCUUCAAGGACCAUGGUUUCUGCAAUAGUACCCCCUCUCCAUUGUUCCAGCUCUGACUCAGAUGGGCCCUCCUUGAUGGCACUCCCAGCAGCACAGCCUUAGCACUGGGAGCAUGACUUCGGCAACUUCACCUAUCAUUCUGAAAUGGGACCCCAAAAGUUUGGAAAUCCGAACACUAACAGUGGAAAGGCUGUUGGAGCCACUUGUUACACAGGUGACUACACUUGUCAACACAAGCAACAAAGGCCCAUCUGGUAAAAAGAAAGGGAGGUCAAAGAAAGCCCAUGUACUAGCUGCCUCUGUAGAGCAAGCCACUCAGAACUUCCUGGAAAAGGGUGAACAGAUUGCUAAGGAGAGUCAAGAUCUCAAAGAAGAGUUGGUGGCUGCUGUAGAGGAUGUGCGCAAACAAGGUGAGACGAUGCGGAUCGCCUCCUCCGAGUUUGCUGAUGACCCUUGCUCGUCGGUAAAGCGCGGCACCAUGGUGCGGGCGGCAAGGGCUUUACUCUCCGCGGUGACACGCUUACUCAUCUUGGCGGACAUGGCAGAUGUCAUGAGACUUUUAUCCCAUCUGAAAAUUGUAGAAGAGGCCCUGGAAGCUGUCAAAAAUGCUACAAAUGAGCAAGACCUUGCAAACCGUUUUAAAGAGUUUGGAAAAGAGAUGGUGAAACUUAACUAUGUAGCAGCAAGAAGACAACAGGAGCUGAAGGAUCCUCACUGUCGGGAUGAGAUGGCAGCUGCCCGAGGGGCUCUGAAGAAGAAUGCCACAAUGCUGUACACGGCCUCUCAAGCAUUUCUCCGCCACCCAGAUGUCGCCGCUACGAGAGCCAACCGUGAUUAUGUGUUCAAACAAGUCCAGGAGGCCAUCGCCGGCAUCUCCAAUGCUGCUCAAGCUACCUCGCCCACUGACGAAGCCAAAGGCCACACGGGCAUCGGCGAGCUGGCUGCGGCUCUUAAUGAGUUUGACAAUAAGAUUAUCCUGGACCCCAUGACGUUCAGCGAGGCCAGGUUCCGGCCGUCCCUGGAGGAGAGGCUGGAGAGCAUCAUCAGCGGCGCAGCGCUGAUGGCCGACUCCUCCUGCACGCGAGACGACCGGCGCGAGAGGAUCGUGGCGGAGUGCAACGCCGUGCGGCAGGCGCUCCAGGACCUGCUCAGCGAGUACAUGAAUAAUACUGGAAGGAAAGAAAAAGGAGAUCCUCUCAACAUUGCGAUUGAUAAGAUGACUAAGAAAACAAGAGAUCUAAGGAGACAGCUUCGGAAAGCAGUGAUGGAUCACAUAUCUGAUUCUUUCUUGGAAACCAAUGUUCCUUUGCUAGUUCUCAUUGAGGCUGCAAAGAGCGGAAAUGAAAAGGAAGUGAAAGAAUAUGCCCAAGUUUUCCGUGAGCAUGCCAACAAACUGGUAGAGGUUGCCAAUUUGGCCUGUUCCAUCUCCAACAAUGAAGAAGGGGUGAAAUUAGUUCGGAUGGCAGCCACCCAGAUUGACAGCUUGUGUCCCCAGGUCAUCAAUGCCGCUCUGACACUGGCUGCCCGGCCACAGAGCAAAGUUGCUCAGGAUAACAUGGACGUCUUCAAAGACCAGUGGGAGAAGCAGGUCCGAGUGUUGACAGAGGCCGUGGAUGACAUCACCUCAGUGGAUGACUUCCUCUCUGUCUCAGAAAAUCACAUCUUGGAGGAUGUGAACAAGUGUGUGAUAGCCCUCCAAGAGGGUGAUGUGGACACUCUGGACAGGACUGCAGGGGCCAUCAGGGGCCGGGCAGCUCGAGUCAUACACAUCAUCAAUGCUGAGAUGGAGAACUAUGAAGCUGGGGUUUAUACUGAGAAGGUGCUGGAAGCUACAAAAUUGCUUUCUGAAACAGUGAUGCCACGCUUUGCAGAACAAGUAGAGGUUGCCAUUGAAGCCCUGAGUGCCAACGUUCCUCAACCAUUUGAGGAGAAUGAGUUCAUCGAUGCCUCUCGCCUGGUGUAUGACGGCGUUCGGGACAUCAGAAAGGCUGUGCUGAUGAUCAGGACCCCAGAAGAACUAGAGGAUGAUUCCGACUUUGAGCAGGAAGAUUAUGAUGUGCGUAGCAGGACAAGUGUUCAGACUGAGGAUGACCAGCUCAUUGCAGGGCAGAGCGCACGGGCCAUCAUGGCGCAACUACCGCAGGAGGAGAAGGCAAAAAUAGCUGAGCAGGUGGAGAUAUUCCAUCAAGAGAAAAGCAAGCUGGAUGCAGAAGUGGCCAAAUGGGACGACAGCGGCAAUGAUAUCAUUGUACUGGCCAAGCAGAUGUGUAUGAUCAUGAUGGAAAUGACAGACUUCACAAGAGGCAAAGGCCCAUUGAAAAAUACAUCUGAUGUCAUUAAUGCUGCCAAGAAAAUUGCCGAAGCAGGUUCUCGAAUGGACAAAUUAGCUCGCGCUGUGGCUGAUCAGUGUCCUGAUUCAGCAUGUAAGCAGGAUUUAUUAGCCUACCUUCAACGAAUUGCCUUGUAUUGCCAUCAGCUUAAUAUCUGCAGCAAGGUGAAGGCAGAAGUGCAGAAUCUGGGAGGAGAGCUCAUUGUGUCAGGGCUGGACAGUGCCACAUCGCUUAUCCAGGCAGCUAAAAACCUGAUGAAUGCUGUUGUCCUCACGGUGAAAGCAUCCUAUGUGGCCUCAACCAAAUACCAGAAGGUCUAUGGAACAGCAGCUGUCAACUCACCUGUUGUGUCUUGGAAGAUGAAGGCUCCAGAGAAGAAGCCCCUUGUGAAGAGAGAAAAGCCUGAAGAAUUCCAGACACGAGUUCGACGAGGUUCUCAGAAGAAACACAUUUCGCCUGUACAGGCUUUAAGUGAAUUCAAAGCAAUGGAUUCCUUCUAGGACGAUAGGUUUUUGACAAGAAAGCUUUUUCUUUCUUUUCUUUCUUUCUUUUUCUUUUUAAUUCCAUUUUUGUAUGCAUACCUGCCGGCUCGUAUGCCUCUGGCAUGGGGAAAUUAAGGGAACAGUGUCUGUUUGCAUGUAAGAUGAGAUGAGAUCAAUACUACUGAUCCAUCUGUAGCCUGGGAAGGAGACAGGACAUUCUUGUACUGAGGUGGCACAGAGCUGUCCUUUGCAACAUUCUCAUAAAAUUGGGCAUAGAGUUCGCAUUGGCGCAAUAUUUAUGGGAGUGGGAGGGAUGGGGAAAAUAAACUUAACUCUACAAAAGCAAACUCUAAUGCAUGCAAGAAUCAUUAGGUUGGCAGGUAUAUUCAUAAGUGAAAAAUCUGGAAGUGUAAUGGUAGAACAUAAAACUUGUAUUGCUUCUGUUUCAGUGCAAAAAUGUACUAGCCAAUACGCUUAAGUGUGUGGCCCACGAAUUGAACAAUUUAACCUUGAGUCUAUAUCUGUGAUAUUAUGUCGAUUUUUAACUGAGGGGAAAUUAACUAGUCCAGCCUAAAAUGCUUCUUUUAAUCUGCAUUCUGUUUCCUCUUCUAGUUGUGCCAUUACUAGUGAUCAUGUUUUUUUUUCCCCCCUUUACUGAAAACAAUAAACAGCUAUUUGAGACAAUUAAAAUCCUUCUGGGGGCACUGGAAGCACAAUAUGGUGACCAAUCUUGCUUUCAUUUUUUUCUUUUAAUUUGAACUAUGAUUUUGCUAGAAAUAGAAGGCCCAGUGGUGGAAUAUUAGAGGGAAGGAAACUGACAACGUGUGAAAGUUAGAGGCAAAUACAUAGGUGUAGCUUGGAGUGCUGGUAUCUAAUAUACCAUUGUAUUCACUAACUAACUCGAAAUAAACACAUUUAAUCUUGACAUCUCAA